GGGGAGCGACGCCGGCGGCGACCUGGGAGGCAGCAGAGGUGCUGCUAGCAGGGAGCGGCGGCGGCGGCGACCGACCCUCCAGUGGAGCUAUUCAACGCCGCAGCGGGGCCCUACAACGGCUUCGGCACGUUGCCUGCGCAGGGGCCUACCACGGCGCCGCGAUUUCCUCUGGCUUGUCGACAAGGUGGACUUCUACCUCGGCGCCGUCUUCGGCAGCAUCGAUACGGGGAUGGUGGUGGCUAUGCUCAUCUCAGUGUUGCAGGUGCGGCUCUUCUUGGCGCGGCCGAGGACGAUGGUCAUGGGCAACGUGCCAGAGACGCCCAUCUACCGGUGGAUGGACCAGUACACGACGUGCUCGACGGCACCCUUCGCGAGAAGAUCACCCGGUGGAUUGACGACGACGACGAACGAACCUCGUCCUCAACAUGUGUGAGCGAUUGGCAGCAUCGACACCAGUGCUUAAACAGGUGCAUCUUUGACCAAGUAUAGGACGGGCAGAUGUCGCGAAAGGAAUACUCAUGGUUUCUGAAGACUGACUAUGCACCCUCGAGUACUACGCAGCAACAAACUCAGGAUAACUCAGUCGAGAACUUUAAAAGAGCAAACAAGAUUCUGGCUUCGGAGUCUGAGCCGGUUCAAAUAUGGGAUUUCUCUGCGCGAACAACCUUCAUAUGGAUGAAUGAAUGGAACCGUAUGCCCCAAGAUCCUCGGUCUAAGAUCCUCGGCCUUCUGACCAGGAGGCAACAGGUGAGGAUGGUGGCAGGAGGAUGUACCUGCGGCGUGAGGAGAUGGGUGCAGGAACAGCCGGCGCGCGGAGGUGGCUGGUUCCGACGGCCUCAGGUGAGGAUGGUGGCAGGAGGAUGUACCUGCGGCGUGAGGAGAUGGGUGCAGGAACAGACGACCUUGGUGAGCAACACCAUGAGAGGAGAUGGGUGCAGGAACAGACGGCCUUGGUGAGCAACACCAUGAGACGGGAGCAGAGGUUGCUGGUUCCGGCGUGGCCGGACUGGUUCCGUUCCGGCGGAUGUGGCCGGAGGGCGAGUAUGGGUCCAGCGAGAGGAAAAACUGGCGUUCCUGGUGACGUGCGAUGACGGCUCGAUGGAGCUUCCGCACUUGUUUCUUUGUUUGGUUUGGCUGGGACGUGUCUUUU